CGCUAGAAUCCAAAGUGUUUCCCCUGCAAAAAUAACCACCUUUUCCUCGCAAACCCGCAAAUCUUCCCUUCCCUUCCCCACCCAACACGGCACAACGCUCUCUCCUCUCUCCUCUCCAAAUCCCACCGCCUCCGCCGCUCGGCUCCACCCACCCAGGUGACCCCUCGCCGUCGUCUGCUUCCUCCCCGAUGGACGGGGAAGCGGCGGACCUGAACGACUGGGAGCUGCUCCUCGCCUCCCCCACGGCGGCCGUGGCCGAGCCGAGCGAUGGCGGCGGGGAGGGCGGUGACGACGACGCUGGGGCGAUCAAGUACGAUUACUUCGACCUUGGCUCGGAUGUGAAGUAUCCUGAGAGGGUGUCCUUCUCGAAGGAGGAUGGGGAGGUGGGGGAAGGGGAAGGGGAGGAGGAGGAGGAGGAGGGGGCGGCCUCCGGCAACGCGAGCUGGGUGGAGCCCGACCCCGACGACCUCCUCUUCCACGGCCCUGACCGCGCCGCGCUGUGGUCGGACUCGUCGGACGACGGGGAGAGGCGGGAGGAGGCCGAGGCGGCCGCCGAGCCGCUGCCGCUGGAGCUGGCGGCGGGAGAGGAGGCGGUCGGCGCGGCGGCGGGAGAGGGCGCGGUGACGAAGGGAGGAGCGGCGGGGGCGGUGCGGUGGUGGCACCUGCCGAUGGGGGUGCUGCGGGCGUGGGCGCUGCGCGCGGCGAGGAGCGCGUGGUCGAUGCCCGUCGCCGUCGCGCUGCUCGGCAUCGCCGUUCUGGGGCGGCGCCUGUACCGCAUGCGGCGGCAGAGCAAGGCCGUGGCGCGCGUCCGGCUCGUCCUCGACGAAAAGAAGGCAUCCCAGUUCAAGACCCAGGCAUCACGCCUGAAUGAAUCCAUCCCGAUGGUGCGCCGAGCUCCAAUCAUGAAGCCUCUGCUUCCUGCCAAUGGAGUGACCCCGUGGCCUGUGCUAGGGCACAUCUGAGCUUGAGAUCGACGGCAUAGAUUUAGGAAUACAAUUGUCCAAAGUCACUUGGCUUGUGAGGAUACCAUAUUGGUCGCUAAAGAUCUAGCUGCUACCCGACUACUUGGGAGCAUACACUUCUGGUUGUGUAAACACCUUAUGUAGUUACAUUCCCACUUUAUGUGGGAUGCCAUUUAGGCCUUGCGCUACAUAUUUGUUUUGUGCCUGUGAUUAUAAUUUUCUUCUGUAGUCUUGUGUUACCAUAUGCGCUUGAACGGUGUCUCUGUAUAUAUGACAAAGUAACCAUACAGAUUGGGAGUUUGAAAC